AGAGAUAAACUGGUAUAUGUUCUAGGCAACACGUUGACCCAAAAAUUCUAAAAUGUUUUAAUAACGAUUUUAUCUAUUUCCAGCUUUAUUAGACAGCCUUUGUCUACGUUUUAGAUUAGAUAUAGAUCUGUACAAGGAGACAAAGCUAUUAAAGAGUCUUUUGAGGAUUUUUAUGUCAUUUUCACUUAAAAACAAACGGUAAUGGCUACGAAUAUUGGAGUUUAUUAUGGAGGAAUCGCGUUUUUCACAUCUCUAGUUCAUAAUGUGUUUCUUCUAUAUCACGUACAAAUGUUUGUAUCAGUUUAUAAGAUUCAAAAGUAUUCAUUCUGGAUAGCUGAAAUUGUAUUUUUAUUUUGGAAUUCAGUCAACGAUCCUCUCUUUGGUUGGAUAAGUGAUAAAGGUUUAUUGAAUACUAGUAGUAGUAUUGACAUAGUUGAUAGAAGAUUGUCAGCACUUCAAAAAGCUGUUCCAUUACUUGCUGGAUCUUUUUUACUAUUUUGGUUUGAAUGGCCAAUAUGGACUGGAGCACAGCUGAUGUUUUGCUUAUGCACAUACGAUUCUUUUUUAACGGUUGUUGAUUUACAGCAUAGUUCACUUUUGGCUGAUUUAGAAGUUUCUUCCGAGAAGAGAACAAAAUUAAAUACAUAUUCUGCUAUUGGAUCGGCGGCUGGUUCCGUUUCUGUUUUCCUGUCACACAUUUUCUGGUCAGAUUUAAAAUCGUUCAGAAUAUUUUGUUUAUUUAUUGCUGUAAUAUCUCUAUUGGGAUCGUCGUGGUGUGUCACAGAAUUUCGUCGAAAUCGAAAUUUACUAUGGGUUAAAGUUUUGUUUGCAAUACUUAUGUUUUUCUUUGUUGGACCAAAUGGAUCUUAUGUAAUCAUUGGAAUAUUUAUAGCUACAAAUCGGAUGUUUACAGAAGGAACUUGCAAAUUACUGGGUCUUAUCAUAUCCGAUUUAGUUGAUGAAGAUACUGUUAUUCAGAACCGCAAACAGCCUGUCUCUGCUCUAGUCUAUGGUACUGCAGCUUUACUCGCUAAACCAGGACAAACUUUGGCCCCUUUGAUAGGUCUUUCUUUAUUAGGAUUUCUUACAGGAAAUGACAUUUUCUCUCAAGUUGAUAAUCAUUCCUUGAAAUUAGACGCCACUUUAUUACCACAAGCUUUACACGAUGCUUUCAAAGAUGCUGCAUUUAAGCUACUUGUUCUAGUACCAAUAUUGUGUGGUGGUAUUCAACUACUUGUUUGGAAAAAUUUCAACUUACACACAUCAAGAUUAAAAUGGGUUAAAUCUUUAAGACAUAAUUCUACCUAUACUGUUGUAUAA